UCCCUAGCAACCGAAAGGACGCUUUCACCUUAGCAACCAGCGCGACUCCCACCAUGACCGAAGAAGAGGAGGUUCUCGUCCUGACAGAGAAAAUUAUCCGGAUCCAGAGAGUGUUCAUAAACCUGCUGGACACGUACAGCAGCGGGAACAUCGGGAAGUUUCUAUCUAACUGUGUAGUCGGGGCUUCACUUGAAGAAAUCACAGAAGAAGAGGAAGAGGAAGAUGAAAAUAAGUCCGCCAUCCCGGAUCCCUCAUCAGCGAAAUUCAAGGAAGGCACUUUCCAGAUCGUGGGCACACUUUCUAAACCCGAAAGCUCUCGGCCAGAGUUUGCCAUGGAGACAUACUCCACCACCUCUCGAGAAGAGCUCCUCAUAAGGCUGCUGGAGUGUGAUAUUAUUAUUUACAACAUCACUGAAAUCUCAGGGCAAGUGGAGGAAGCCAUAUGGGCAGUUUCCGCACUGAAUGAAGAAGUGGGCCAUUUUGAGAAACGGAAGAUAUUUAUUUUACUCUCCACCAUGAUGACCUGGGCGCGAUCCAAGCCCCUCGAUCCUGAUGAUUCUGAGAUUCCAUUUACUGAAGAGGAUUAUCGAAGAAGAAAGCACCAUCCAAAUUUUCUGGACCACAUAAAUGCUGAAAAAAUGGUUCUCAAAUAUGGAAGAAAUGCCAAAAAAUUGGCAACUUACGUGGUUGCUGCUGGACUUCAGUAUGGCGUGGAAGGAGGCAUCUUACAUACUUUCAUUAAGGCAGCAUGGUUGGGUGAAGUGCCUGCAUUACCAGUUUUUGGCGAUGGGACAAAUGUAAUUCCUACAAUUCAUGUUCUUGAUUUAGCAGGAGUGAUACAAAACAUCAUAGACCAUGUGCCAAAGCUUCACUACCUGGUUGCUGUGGAUGACUCUGUUCAUACCCUGGAGGAUAUAGUCAAGUGCAUCAGUAAAAGUAUCGGUCCUGGGAAAAUUCAUAAAUUACCCAAAGAAAAUGCUUUCCUAACAAAGGACUUAACGCAAGAGUGUCUUGACCACUUAUUGGUCAACUUGAGAAUGGAAGCUCUCUUUGUGAAGGAGAAUUUUAACAUUCGAUGGGUUGCCCAAGCAGGAUUUGUGGAAAAUAUCAGCAAUAUCCUCAAAGAGUACAAGCAAGCCAGAGGAUUAGUGCCCAUCAAGAUUUGUAUUCUUGGUCCUCCUGCUGUGGGAAAAUCCAGUAUUGCUGAAGAAUUGUGCAAGCACUACAAGCUGCAUCACAUUAAAAUAAAGGAUGUCAUUUCUGAAGCCAUUGCAAAACUGGAGUCAGUUAUCACACCUAAGGAAAUAGGGGAAGGAGAAGAAGAAGGUGAAGAGGAGGAAGAGGAGGAGAAUGUGGAAGACGCGCAGGAGCUCCUGGAUGGCGUCAAGGAAAGCAUGGAGCAGAACGCAGGCAGACUAGAAGAUCAAUAUAUAAAUAGAUUUAUGAAAGAAAAGCUAAAAUCCAUGCCUUGCAGGAAUCAAGGUUACAUUUUGGAUGGAUACCCAAAGACCUAUGAUCAAGCAAAAGACCUGUUCAGUCAAGAAGAAGAUGAGGAAGAAGAAGAAGUCAGGGGCAAAAUGUUUCCCUUUGAUAAACUAAUCAUACCUGAGUUCGUUUGUUCACUCGACGCCUCGGAUGAGUUUUUGAAGGAGCGGGUGAUGAAUCUUCCCGAGAGCAGCGUGGCGGGGACCCACUACAGCCAGGACCGGUUCCUCCGGGCUCUGAGCAACUUCCGGGACAUUAACACUGACGACGAGACCGUCCUCAACUAUUUCGAUGAACUUGAAAUCCACCCAAUACAUAUUGAUGUAGGAAGACUUGAAGAUGCUCAGAACAGACUUGCCAUCAAACAGCUAAUCAAGGAGAUUGGGGAGCCCCGGAAUUAUGGUUUAACAGACGAAGAAAAGGCAGAGGAGGAGCGCCGCGCCGCGGAGGAGCGCCUGGCCAGGGAGGCCGCCCGGGAGGCAGAGCAGGAGCACAGCGAGGCCAUGGAGACGGCGGCGAGGAUCGCACGCUGGGAGGAGUGGAAUAAAAGACUAGAGGAAGUGAAAAGAGAAGAGAGAGAACUACUGGAGGCCCAAUCUAUUCCCCUGAGGAACUAUUUAAUGACCUACGUCAUGCCAACUCUUAUGCAGGGUCUGAAUGAAUGUUGCAAGGUCAGACCAGAAGACCCCGUUGAUUUUCUGGCAGAGUUUCUCUUCAAGAACAAUCCUGAAAUGCAGUGAAACGUUAAAUAUCUCAUGAAUAUACCUUUACAGAGCCAGAGAUAAAUUUAAUGUUGUAAUCUGAAAAUUUACUUUAAAAACCUUUUUCCAGUUUUUAGAAAAAAUAUUUUCUGCAAACAAAUAUUCUAUUAAUUAGAAUCAUUAUAAAAAGCCACGUGACAAUGAAUGGCCAGUUCAUUAAAACUAUGUUUGAAAUAGAAAUUGAUAAAGUAACUUUGCAUAGCUCAUGGGACAAAUAUUGAUUUACUGUUUCACUCUUAUAUCAGUGCUAAGUAUUCUGCACACUAAUGUUUACAGUAAUUUAUAGCACAAAGAAAAUCAAACUAUAUAUUUCUCUAACAUGUAGGCAAAUGAUGUUACAUGAUUUGUUAUGGGACCAAUACCAAUGGUGAAAAAAUGGAAAUUAAUUAUGACAGUUUAUGCUUUGUUGAGUCAUAAGAAGUCACAUGACUGGUUUCUGCAAGUUUGCUUUUUUGAGUUCAGGGCCAGGAUCCCAACCAGUAGGUCAGAAAGAAUUGUAAACUAUUUGGUAAAAAAAAAAAUUCAUGUAAUAGAAUGAAUAAUUUUACAUUUGUAUAAUUAGAAAGUUGCUGAAUAUUUUCAACAACUAACUUUAUAAAAUAGGUCAUCAACCCCUAUGGCCUCUUCCAGCUCUAAAAUUCCAUAAUUCCUUGAUUUACACUGAAUGAGAAAUUAGUUUCGGUUUAUUUUAAUGACAUAUAUAUUUCAUCCCUUUAAAUAAUAUAAUCUGAUAUAUAACUGCAGUAUUUUUUAUUGGGAUAAAAUACACGUAACAUAAAACUUACCAUUGCAACCUUUUUUUUUAAAUUUUAAAAUUAUUUAUCAAAUAAAAAAACAUUUCCAAACAAAAUAAAGCAAAACAAUGGGAAAUAUCCUGAAAUAACUUCAUUCCUUCCAAUACACUCCUACCAUAUCAAAAGAAAAUUAACAAACCAUAGUCACACCUGAGCAUUCCAUAUCAUUAAGAUCAUCAAACCAUUUUAAAGUACAAAAUUCAGUGGCAUUAAGUACAUUCACAAUGUCGUGCAAUCACCAUCCUUAUCUAGUUCCAGAUCUGGUUUUCAUCAACCCAAGUAGAAAUCCUGUACCCAUGAAUCAGUCCCUCCCAUUCCUCCCCACUCCCCUCCAGCCCCUGGCAACAACUAAUCUGCUUUCUGCUUCUAUGGAUUUGCCUGUUCUGGACAUUUCAUAUAAAUGGACUCAUAAAACA